AUGAGCAAUAACAAGAAAUCCGGAGAGGUUGAUAUAAAAGUCGUCAUGCUAGGCGAUAGUGGUGUCGGAAAGACAAGCUUGCUGGUUAGAUUUCUCGACAAUACCUUCGGAAAUACUAGAUCUACAAUAGGAGCAUCCUUUUUCAAGAAAUCAAUUCCAAGUAAAAGUGGGAAAGGUUCCAUAGAACUUGGUCUUUGGGAUACAGCUGGUCAGGAGAGAUAUGACUCUCUGAGCUCUUUCUACUGUCGACACACAAACGUAGCCUUGAUUUGCUACAAUGUAACUGAAGAAUCUACGUUUCAAAAUAUUCAAAAAUGGUACCACAAACUUGAGACGAGCGUACCAGCAGAGGAUUGUUUUGUAAUUUUGGUUGGAACCAAAUCAGACUUGGGUAAAUCAGUGAUUACAGAAAAAAAAGUGGAAGAUUUGAUUUCGAAUAACCGACUAAUUUUCAAACAUUUUGUUACAAGUGCAAAAGAUGGAACCAACGUCAGCACUAUUUUCGAUACUAUUGCAGAAGAAUAUGAGCGAAGAAAAGCGAAUAACCAGAACAAGCGAGCAUCUCUUGGUAUGGUUCCUAUUUCUCAGCUGCAAACAAAUGGUGACACUUCUUCUUCCAAGAAAGGUUGUUGUGGAUGA